CGCAGUCUAACAAAAUCCAAGCAACUGUUAAGAAGCAGCUCAUAAAUAGGUUUAAAGAGAAUAUUAUUGAGGGUCAAACAUACCGAAUGUCAUAUUUUAGUGUUGUUCCAAACCAAGGCAAUCAUAGGGUAGCAGAACAUGAGUUUAAGUUGGUUUUCCUUAACCGUACAACUGUUAUUCCUAUCUCUGAUGAUGCUAUCCCCAAGACAUGUUUCAGUUUUUGUCCAUUUGAUGAGCUCUUGAAAAUGACUGAAGAUUAUGUUUACUUAGUUGAUGUUAUUGGUUUGCUAACUUCUGUUGGUGAAGAGAAAGAGUUGACAAUACGCUGUGCUUUGUUUGGGGAGUACGUGGAUGAAGUGCAUCGUUUCUUAGGUUCUGGUUAUAUGGAGCAUUCAGUUGUUGUGAUCCAGCUUGCCAAAGUUAAAUUCUUUAGGGGACAAGUUGGUCUCCAAAAUGUUAUGCAUGCUACUCGCCUAUUCUUUAAUCCAAAUUUGGCUGAAGUUGUUGAUUUCAAAAACAGUAUGGUUGACCAAGGUAUCAAUGGAACACAACCAUUUGCUAAUGAGGGCAAGGGUGUUUCAUUGGAAGAUAAUUUUCUGCGGCUUACUAGGAGAUGCACUAUUGAGGAACUCCAUGAUAACAAUGAGGAAGGGUCUUUUGUGGUUUUUGGUAUUGUGAGACCUACUGUGGAUGAGGGACCUUUGUGGUAUUCAGCUUGUGUUUGUGGGAAGUCAAUUCAGCCUCAAGGUGGUGCAUAUUAUUGUGGUUUUUGUCAGCACUAUGUUACCAAUGUGACUCCUAGAUAUAGGAUCAAAAUAGCGGUCGAGCAUGAUAAUGGACAUGGUGUAUUUGUCUUAUUUGAUUGUGAGGCUGCUUACUUACUGAAAAAAUCAUGUGCUGAUCUGUUUGGAGAAGUUCAAAAGGAUGCAAGUGUUGUUUGUGGAAAUAGUUAUCCUGUGAUGUUCCAACAAUUGUUGGGGAAAAAAUUGCUUCUUAAAAUAGAUACCAAGAGUGUUGGUACAGACAAAUAUUUUGGAACUUUCCGUGUGAUAGAGUUUGUGAUGAUGCUGCUAUUAUUUCCAUGUUUGAGUUGCCUAACUAUGAUGUGGAUGAUGAGCGCACUCCGUUGAAGGUUGCAUCUUUAA